UUUGCGUAACAUUUUUCAUUUUACAACGUAUUCAUUCCCGACCAACCAUUCGUGAAACUUCGUUAAAGUUCUUUAUGCAAAAAUUAAGAUUUUUGUCGAUAAUUCUUUACCUUGAAAUUUGUUUGAUUGCGAUACGUAUAUUUAAAAAUAUUUAUUGAUCGAUACUCACAUUUAAGAAAAUUUCUUUAUCGGUAGUAUUAUAGAAAUCUAUCCAGCUUUCCAUGCUCGGUAAUGGCGGCCUGUUUGUAUGAAUAAAUGUAUCCUUCACUGUGCUAUCUGGAGGUUCGGAUUUUGACCCUUCUCUUUCCCUCUUCCAGGAACAGAAGAAAAUGGAACAACAUACGCCCUCCAGUUAGUGUCAAAAAGCACAGUGAAGGAUACAUUUAUUCAUCCAAACAGGCCGCGAUUACCGAGCAUAGAAAGCUGGAUAAAGGUGCCAUAAUAAAUUUCGUCCAAUUUCGAUAUAUCGCAAGGGCUUGAGCUUUCUUCAUAGAUAUUAAUCUAAAACUAUUUAAAUUCUUAUACCAUCGUAUCGUUGCACUUCGCUAAAGAACAACAAAGAAUGCCAUCGAUGCAGAUUCAUAAUCCUCUUGUUAUCGAUUUGCACCGCUGGGUAAAAAGAGUUCGAUACAUCAUGUGACAGAUGGCUAUGUUUAUAAAAUUUCUGAAUGAACAAAUAAACACGAAGAUGUCCGAUCCAAGUUUCAAUCCUGAAAUUGAGGAAGAGGUGCUGGAGGAAACUCAAAAUAAUCAGGCAGUAGUAGUAACACUUCCGCUAGAUGUAUACAACGAGCAAGCGGAUUCAAUAAGAGCGCUACAGGCCGAUGUGACUUUUAUUAAGGAGCAAAUACAAAUCCUGGUCCAGCAAGGAUUGCCACCGGGUACAUCGUCAACAUCAACACAGGAUUUUUUUAAUCCGAUUAGAGAGUUCAUGCCUCUGGGAUCCACUGAUGCAUUGAUCAGAUUCGAGGAGUUGCUGGGAAAAAACGACAACAAAAAGAAAUUUGAAAAGUUCUUAGCAUCUUUCGUACUGUUUAAAAAGCCUCUGAAAGAGAUAACCGUGGCUUUCAUUGAGAAAGUGUAUGACCUUGCAUUGCAGUCUCAAGUGAGCUAUUCUGGGGCUGGUGGCAAACAGGCAUUAAAAAGUUUGUGCUCGACACAAGUAUUAAUAAAAGCUCUCGUCGAUCAUUCGCUCUUUGACAACACGGAGAACCCAGCAGCCCAAGCGUGUGUCGAAUUUCGGUACCAAAUGCAACACGCAUGUGAUCGGAUUAGGAGCAGUAAGCGCAAGCAAUCUGGGUCCGUAAGCCGACAACGAGUCAGCAGACAAAAGUUGACUGUUCCGCUGCUUAAGAUGGAGCUUAACGAUGGCCACAAUGAGGAUGAAGUCUUGGAUGAGGACACUGAGUAAGAUCUUGAAAUUAAAAAGAAAUUUUUGCUCUUGUUUUUUUUUUUAAUAAAAGCGGUAACAAACUAUAACACCUGUUAUAAUCUUAUUGUUAUUUAAAUGUAUGAAUCAGUGGUGUUACAAAAUAAUCCGAGCCAUAUAAAUUGUAUGGUAAGCAAACCAUUUUGCAUAUUGAUGGAUUUAGAGGAAAUGUCUUUACACAGUUUUCGAAAUUUCCCAAAAGCAUACUCAAUUUUAACGUCAACUUUGAAUUACACAGUGAUUCUUCUACUUUAAACUCCUGUCCUGUAACAUAGAUACUUACAUCUUUUUUUUUCAAAAAACCUCACUCGCAAAAUAACAAUUUCGUUAAAGAAUUCCACAUGAUGCAGUUGUCACUUUUCUUAUCUGCCCGAACAGUGAAAUUAGGAUAGGUAAAUCUAUAAAAUUUAUGACGAUUAUAUUCAAAAUGGCUUAAAUUGAGUAAGUUAUCGUUUGCUACCACACCAGUAACAGAGUUGAGUUCCUCCUGAAGCCUGUU